CUGGGUUGGGGUUGAUUUUGACAACCAAAGAUUUCAACCAUGUUCCGCCGAGUUCCGAAGCCGGCGGUACUCCUCCCGCUGCGCUCCAUGCUUGCAUCCUCGUACAGCUCCACGGCUGGUAAAGUUAUUCGAUGCAAAGCAGCUGUGGCGUGGAAACCCAACGCGCCGUUGUCUGUGGAAACGAUCGAGGUGGCGCCACCGAAAGCAGGGGAGGUGCGAGUGAAGGUGAUUGCCAACGCGCUGUGCCACACCGACUUGUACACGUUGAACGGAGAAGACCCGGAAGGUUUGUUUCCUUGCAUCUUGGGCCAUGAAGCAGGGGCCAUCGUGGAGAGCGUGGGGCCAGGUGUGACGUCCGUGCAACCAGGCGACCACGUCAUCCCAUGCUACACACCCGAGUGCCAAAAGCCCGAGUGCAUCUUUUGCGAAUCGCCCAAGACCAACUUGUGUCCCGAGAUCCGAGCUACCCAGGGCAAAGGUACAUACGUACAGUACUCGAUUUCUAUUGCACGCCUCGGUGGACAUGUCAUUAUGUGCAGGGGUGAUGCCUGACGGAACCUCCCGCUUCUCGAUCAAUGGACAGCCGUUGUAUCACUUUAUGGGGUGUUCGACGUUCUCGGAGUAUUCUGUGAUCGCUGAAAUCUCCGCCGCCAAGAUCGACCCGUCCGCGCCGUUGGACACGAUGUGCUUGUUUGGGUGUGGCAUCUCCACUGGCUUUGGCGCCGUGUUCAACACGACAAAAGUCGAACCAGGUAGCUCCGUGGCCGUGUUUGGCAUUGGCGCCGUGGGGUUGGCCGUGAUCCAGGCCGCCAAGCAAGCCGGCGCGAGUCGCAUCUUCGCCAUCGACCCCAACCCCACCAAGUUUCGCAUGGCCACGCAGUUGGGGGCCACCGAUUGCAUCGACCCGACGGCGUCCGACACGCCGAUUCAGCAAAUCCUAGUGGAAACAACCAAGUGGGGCGUCGACUACACGUAUGACUGCACCGGCAACACCGAGGUGAUGCGGGCAGCGUUGGAAGCAUCCCAUCGAGGAUGGGGCGAGAGUUGUGUGAUUGGCGUCGCAGCGGCCGGCCACGAGAUUCAGACGAGACCGUUUCAAUUGAUUACUGGUCGAACGUGGAAAGGCACGGCGUUUGGCGGGUACAAGAGCCGUACGCAAGUCCCUCAACUGGUCAAGCAGUCAAUGGAAGGCAAACUGCCCAUCGGUAUGUUGUUUAGCACGAAUACUACGUAUUGGGCUUUAUAUAUAUAUAUAUAUUUAUUUCUUGUAGACCAUUUUAUCACGCACAAAUUCCAAGGCGUGGAUGCGAUUAACGACGCCAUCAAAGCGUUGAAGAGCGGCAAUUGUUUGCGAGCGGUCGUGACCUACUAGGGACAUUGAAGUUUGAACGUGGGAGAUGUGAGAGCAGUAUAUAUUAAUAGCUGGCUAUAGAACGAACAUUGACACCUGAAUAUAUUGAUCAAGGUGAUGGGCAAAGAACGGAGGGAGCCCAUACAUACUGUAUAUAUAGGGCUCAAACUUCUUCCUGUACAAGAUUUGUCCUGAAGACUGCAACACCUCUACUGUCAUGAGAAGUGGG